AGCGCACUUUAUCUGCUCUGUAGACCAAUGCUCUGCGUCAAGUUUUAAAGGAGUUACAUUUCUCCUUCACUUUCGCUACAUGAUAUCGGACUUUCCUCUCACCUGACAGAGCGUGGAAGCUGAAUAUCUUAUAAUUUGCAAUAUAUGUUUUCUUCAUCUGUGUAUCCUUCCAUACGCAACAGCGCCUGUUCGGAGGAUUACCUAACGCUUGUAUGAUAUGAUAGGAACCCACUAAACACCAACAUGAUCCAUUGGCGACUCGUAUUACUGUGUGUGACGUUAUCAUGGAGGCUACAAACAGCAUCAUCCCAAACUCAUGAAGUGGUGUGUACUGGUACGCAGAACGGACUGAGCUCCACAGGUUCGCAGGAGAAUCAGUACAACCUGACAAAGGACCGGUACAACGGUUGUGAGAUCAUCAUGGGAAACCUGGAGAUCACUCAGAUUGAGAGUAACUGGGACUUCUCCUUCCUCAAGACAAUCCGUGAGGUGACUGGCUAUGUCCUCAUUGCUAUGAACCACUUUCAGGAGAUUCCUCUGGGGCAGCUACGGGUCAUCAGAGGAAAUAGCCUUUAUGAAAGACGCUUUGCUCUGUCUGUCUUCUUCAACUACCCCAAGGACGGCUCCAGUGGCCUGCGGCAGCUGGGGCUCGCAAAUCUGACAGAGAUUCUGGAGGGAGGAGUGCAGAUUAUCAAUAACAAGUACCUGAGUUACGGCCCUUGGAUCUUCUGGCAAGACAUCAUCAGGGACAGCAGUGCUCCUAUUGAAAUCCAGUACAAUGGAGAGAGAGGCCCGUGCCACAAAUCUUGUGGUGAUUACUGCUGGGGGCCAAACAAGGACCAGUGUCAGAUCUUGACGAAGACGGUGUGCGCUCCACAGUGUAAUGGCCGCUGUUUUGGGACGAGCCCCAGGGACUGCUGUCACAUAGAGUGUGCAGCGGGAUGUAAAGGCCCUCUGGAUGUGGACUGCUUCGCAUGUCGUCAUUUCAACGACUCUGGAGCCUGUGUGCCACAGUGUCCCCAGACUUUGAUCUACAACAAGCAGACGUUUCAAAUGGAGACCAACCCCAAUGCCAAAUAUCAGUACGGAUCCAUCUGUGUCUCCCAGUGUCCCACUCAUUUUGUGGUGGAUGGCAGCUCCUGCGUGAGCGUCUGUCCCCCAGACAAGAUGGAGGUGGAGAGAGAAGGCCAGAGGCAGUGUGAGCUCUGCAGUGGACUCUGCCCCAAAGUGUGUGAAGGCACCGGCGCCGAACACAGACAAACCGUGGACUCCAGCAACAUCGACAGCUUCAUCAACUGCACCAAGAUCCAGGGCAGCCUUCACUUCCUGGUCACGGGGAUUCUUGGAGAUGACUUUAAAAACAUCCCGCCCUUGGAUGCCAAAAAGCUGGACGUGUUCCGCACCGUCAGAGAAAUAACAGACAUUCUAAACAUCCAGUCGUGGCCCAAAGAGCUGAACGAUCUGUCCGUUUUUUCGAGUCUCGCUACCAUUCAGGGGAGGUCGCUGUACAAGCGUUUUUCUCUGAUGGUGAUGCGCAUCCCCACUCUUACCUCGCUGGGCCUGCGCUCUCUCCGGGAGAUCAGUGAUGGCAGUGUGUACAUCAGUCAGAAUGCCAACCUCUGUUACCACCACACCGUAAACUGGACGCAGCUGUUCAGAGGCCGCCGAGUCAGAGUCAACAACCUCAACAGCAACAGGCCACUGGCAGCAUGUGUUGCAGAAGGCCACGUUUGUGACCCGCUGUGUUCAGACUCAGGCUGCUGGGGCCCGGGGCCGGACCAGUGUCUCUCCUGCAGGAACUACAGCCGAGAUGGCACAUGUGUGGGCAGCUGUAAUUUCUACACUGGAACACCAAGGGAAUUUGCAGGGCCCGAUGGCGAGUGUGUGGCCUGUCAUCCGGAGUGUAAGCCUCAGAGUGGGAAAGCCAGCUGUACUGGACUGGGUGCAGACAAGUGUGUGGCGUGUGCCAACCUUCGAGAUGGUCCUUACUGCAUGUCCUCUUGCCCCACUGGAGUUAAUGAUGGACAGAGGGGGCUGAUCUUCAAGUACCCUAACAGGGAGGGUCACUGUGAACCAUGUCACCACAACUGCACACAGGGAUGCUCAGGCCCAGGAUUAAAUGAUUGUUUGGAGGCAGCCAGACUGGCAGUAAGUAGCGGUCAGAUCACAGGCAUAGCUUUGGGUGUCCCGGCUGGCUUGAUUUUCUGCCUGGUGUUGUUUUUCCUGGGCGUGCUCUACCACCGAGGCCUGGCCAUCCGCCGCAAGAGAGCCAUGAGGAGGUACCUAGAGAGCGGAGAGAGCUUUGAGCCUCUGGGACCCGGGGAGAAAGGUACCAAGGUUCAUGCCCGCAUCCUGAGGCCCUCAGAGCUGAGGAAAAUCAAAGCCCUGGGCUCUGGAGUUUUUGGCACAGUGAACAAGGGCUUUUGGACUCCAGAGGGCGAGACAGUGAAGAUCCCUGUGGCCAUAAAGACCAUCCAGGACAGCUCAGGCCGGCAGACCUUCACUGAGAUCACUGAUCAUAUGCUGUCCAUGGGCAGCCUGGACCAUCCCUACAUCGUCAGGCUGCUGGGCAUCUGUCCAGGUCCCAGUCUGCAACUGGUGACCCAGCUUAGUUCACAGGGCUCCUUACUGGAGCACAUCAGGCACCACAAGAACAGCCUGGACCCCCAGCGCCUGCUCAACUGGUGUGUCCAGAUUGCUAAAGGUAUGUACUACCUGGAGGAGCACUGCAUGGUCCACAGGAACCUGGCUGCCCGCAACAUCCUGCUGAAGAACGACUACCAGGUCCAGAUCUCUGACUACGGCGUAGCUGACCUCCUUUAUCCAGACGACAAGAAAUACGUCUACACUGACACCAAGACGCCCAUAAAAUGGAUGGCACUGGAAAGCAUCUUGUUUCGGAGAUACACUCAUCAAAGUGAUGUCUGGAGUUAUGGGGUGACCGUGUGGGAGAUGAUGUCAUUUGGCGCGGAACCGUAUGCGUCCAUGCAGCCUCAGGAAGUGCCGGGUCUGCUGGAGAAGGGCGAACGACUGUCACAGCCCCACAUCUGUACCAUAGACGUCUACAUGGUCAUGGUUAAAUGCUGGAUGAUCGAUGAAAAUAUAAGGCCGACCUUCAAAGAGCUGGCCAGUGACUUCACUCGCAUGGCAAGAGACCCACCGAGAUAUCUGGUCAUCAAGGUGGAAGGAGCAGAAACAGCUGCAGGAGAGAUCCAUCGAAGAGAAUCAGAGCGAGGGCUUCUGGAGGCAGAUUUGGAGGACCAAGACGAGGAGGGAUUGGAGGAUGGUUUGGCUACUCCUCCUCUCCAACACUCUCCAUCAUGGAGUCUGUCACGUUCACGGAUUAAUUCUUACAGGAGUGGCACCUCUCAGGCCGGACCUAUUGGAUACCUGCCAAUGACCCCCAGCCCUGUGGACAGCAUCCGCCAGCUGUGGCUUCAGAGGUCUCGACUGAGCUCGGUGCGGACGCUGCCCGACAGGUCGGAGUUCAGGGGGAGUGGCAGAGAGGCAGAGCAGCAUGAGGAAGGCUUACGGAGUGGGAGUCUUCACAGGGCCAGGUUUGGCUCUGAGAGGGGUACUCCUCGAAUAUCCAUCAGCCGGCACAGGAAGCUCUCAACAGCAUCAAGUCCAUCCUCGUACAAGGUGUGGACGGCAGAGGAUGAGGAGGAGGUGGACCACUAUGGCUACGUCCUGGCUGGGUCACCUGUGACUCCAGACAGAGUCUGUAAAAUCUCUCAUUCCGGGCGACGAAGCUCAAGACUGAAGAAUAAUCUCUCUCCCGUGGUGAUAAAUCCCUCCCAGGAGUAUGAAGUCAUGAGCAAAGAGUCUGGUGCUCCUCCUUGCUCAGCCAGCGGCGCCUUGUCACAGCCUGAUGCCCCUUCGGUGGCACUUUGUCAUAAAACCUCACCUCUACCCUCUACAAUCGUCAUGGCUCCAUUACCUGUAGAGGACAAAGAAUCUGUGACACCAGUCUCGGCUGUAAGGAGUACGCAAGCAGAGGGAGAGUGUGAAGGGAGUGCUGCAGAGCAAAGAGACAAAGAGGAUCAUCAGCUCACUGGGGACUCUGAUAAUGGGAACAGAGCUCUGGAUCACCAAGGAGAAGUCGCCCAAGGAAUAGGCAGGUAUGAAUACAUGGAUAUCAGGCGAUCCAACUCUACUGAGGGAGAGGGGGAUCCAGCAUGGGAGAGACGUGGGAGUCAAACAUCUGCAAAUAUUACAGCAGAGACAGAGGAAACAGACCAAACAGAGGAGGUGUUGAAAAAAGAGCUGGAGGAGGAAGAGGAAGAGGAGAAGUACCACAGCACAAAUAAACAACCUGCCCUUCAGGGGAAUCUGAGUGGUAUGGUCAUGCCCAGGCCAGAUGCGCUCACAGCUGGGGGAGAAAACGUGGAGGAGUAUGAGGAGAUGACCAGACUUGGAGCGGUGCCGAAUGGGUGGGAGCAGGCAGACUACCAGAACCUCCCGGCGAAGGGGAGGGCUGUUCCCGAGGAGACGGGCAGUGGCAGGUGUGCUGGGAUCGGGGGAUACAUCAAGGUGUGCGCUGGCAUGGGGGAUCCUGGCAGCAACACAUCAUUCGACAACCCAGACUACUGGCACAGCAGACUGUUCCUCAAGCCAGAUGCUGUACGCACCUAAUAACGUGGACUGGGACAGAGACAUGCUCACUGUUGCAGUUACUUCCAGCCAUACAUUUGGAUAGUUUUGUAAUAUUUACCUUUUUUUUUUCUUUAAGUUCCACCAUUCAAAAAACUUUGAAAGAUACAUAAAUUGAAGAAAUACACGCCUGACUCUCUUUUCACAAUUUUAUGCAUUAGUUAAAUGUUUAUGAAACAUACUGUGAGUUGGUACAGAACCACAAAAUAAAGGUUAUAGCAGGCAAAACAUGUGGUGUUUGCCCAUGAACUUCAUUCACUUCAAUGACAUGUAAAGCUAAACUUCCAACGAUGACUGCUUCAUUGUCUUUUUGUACGAUU